AUGCCUUCCAGAAUUCAGAUCAAGCUUGUUACAGAGCAUAUGAAAUAUUUGGAAGAACAGAUACAAGUGAUGGAUCCUGUCAUUGGCCUCAUGAAGCAGGCCGUUGAAAAAAGUAGGACGUGGAUAGAAGAUAAACAUGAUGACCAACACUUCACGUAUAUCGAGCUGUAUCAGGAGCUGGAAUCAGCGACCAGCGCCUUGUUGAAAGCAUCGUCAGAAAUUAUCAACGAAAAUCCGGUUAUUGAGGGAACGCCAUCUUUAGUCCAGCCUACACCACAAACUACAGCAACAGAAAAACAUGUCUGCAGUGAAUCAACCCAUCAAAUCACUAGUCAAGUUCAACAUUCAGAUGAAAUAGUGAGACGGCUGGAACAGUUAGAGGUAAAACUAACUUCAAUGGAAACCAUGACACAAAGAACACAAGACGACACGUCAGAAGUAAAACAAUGGAGAGACAACUUUGUUACCGAACACAAUGAACUGGUGUUAAGUAAUGAAACAUUAUCUCAGAAAUACAUACAGACUUUUAUAAACCUCAGAAAACAAAUCAUCGAACAAGACGACAAAUUGAAGGAGAUGGAUAAUGAAAUUGAAAGUUUAAAAGACAAAGAUUCCAUGUCAGGAAAUGGGUUAAAGAAAGUUUCUCUGGAUGUUAGAGAUCACGAAAACUCCAUACAGAGCAUUAACAAAGAGCUGGACACUCACACGUAUGAAAUAGUUACACUAUCUCAAACAGUUCAAGGGCUCUCAGAUUUGAUGCCAACGUUGCAAACAGAAGUUAAAAAUAGUAUGAUUGAUACAUGUAUAAAAUUGGAUAGAGCAUUGUUUAAGCACAAUGUGAUGUGUAAACUUAUGCAACAAAGACUGCUGCCUGUGGACAAACUGAUUCAAAUAUUUAAUCAGAAUCUGGAAACAAAGGAGAAAAAUUUAAAGAAGCUUGGAGAUAUAGAAAGUGAUUUUAGAGAAUUGUCAAAAUUUUCUGAAGCAAUCGCAAGGGGUAUAUUUUACAGAUACGCCUGCCACAUCCAGCUUGAUCGAACACCUGUCAGCGCUAGAACAAUUCUUCUGCGAGUCAGUGCCAUUCGCGAAUACAACGGCCAAUACUUCAAUAGAACAACAGGGAAAUUCGUAUCGCCUAAUGAUACUCUAUACCUGGUUGGGGUGACCUUGCACGAAUAUGGGGACAAACGGGUCGAGGUCGGGGUGUAUGCCGGGGACAGGUGGUGUAAGGUGGUCGAGGUGAAGUCGUCCCACACCAGCGUGACUGGGUCUGUGGUUGUUGACAUGAAGCGCGACCAAGAACUGUAUCUCAGGGUGGUAUUCGCUGAACCAGGCGCCGAGCUAUCCUGCUACAGUAGUUUUACUAUCGUUAGUUUAUAA